AUGUCACUGCAGGGAGAGAAAGAUCUAAAUGGGCCCCCUGGUGGUGACGAGAUGAAUCCUUCCUCCGCUGGGAGUGAGAUGAAGCAUAUAGCUGGAGAGUUUGAAAGUGCUAAACUAGAGGCUAAUGGCUAUCAAAUGAACGGUGCUUGGCCACAUUCUGCCCCGGCUGUGGUUAGGAUAGAAGUUACUGUUGACAGUUUUACAGGGGUGAUGGAUUCCCCUCUAACAUGUUCUGGAGCAAAAGAUAAGAGAAUGUCUUUCAAUAGUGGGCCUGAUAACAUUAAACUUGAUGACGUGGGACCGGCCACAUCUCCGUCGAGGGAUAUGGAUGCUCAAGAACUUGAGAGGACUUCAGAUGCAAAAGAGGCAGUAAAUAAAUAUGACGAGGAAAAGCUAGUAGAAAAUAAUUGUGAAGCAGAGGAAGACAAACAGUUAGCUGGAGGUCUUUGUGAGCUUCGUAGAGAACUUAAACAAGAUUUAGGCUCAGCUGGAGAACAGUCCACAUCUAGCAAAACAAUCACAACCCAACCUACAUUAUCUAGUCAAUGCACAAUGAUUCCGACUGGGGGGAAGUCGUCAUCCAAUUCAUCCAGUGGCAUGAUCCCAAAGAUAGCUUCUUAUGAUUACUCUACAUCUACUGAUGCUCUGAAUGAUAUUGCUGAUCUUAAGCAACCAGUGUCUUCUCAUUCCUUGGAUAAGGACCGAACUACAAAUGACAUUGUCAGUGAGAGGGAUGAACAUAGCCCAUCAAGAAGCAAGCUUUUGCAUACAUCUGCUUCUAGGAGACUAGAGUCUGAUUCAAAAGAUAGGAUGAAACACUCGUCUUCUAAAGUGUCUCUAGCUCAUUCUUCUAAGACAACUGGUUCUUUGCAAAGUGAUCGAGGUUCAAACUCCCAGAGCAGGACAUCAGGUCUGGCUUUGCUUUUGCAUAAAGAACUCAAUGGUUCUCCUAGUGUGCCUCGUGUUUGUCAAGCUGGUAGCUUGCCGCAGUUAAGUUCUCCAACUGCAACGAGCUUGCUUAUGAAGCGUAGCGCAUCAGGCUCAGGAGGGAUUCGACUUCUCUCGCCACCUGAUUCAAGGAGACAAGAUACUGCAUGUACUGCAGAUGUGCUGUCAAAGAGAACCAGUGGGGGAUCUUCGAGCAAAGCUCAGAAUGUUAAGAAGAACACAGCUGCAGCCUCCACCUCAACAGCCAACCGUGGUCGUUCUUCCUCUCCUGAUGUUAAUGACCUCAAUAAUGAGUCAUCCCUGAGAAAUUCUCCAAGGAAUAUCUCCGAUGAGGAAACAGGACCUACUGGCCUUUCUGUACGUCUAAUCAAUGAGAUCAUGAGCAAAGGCAAGCGCAUGACAUAUGACGAACUCUUUAAUGCUGUUUUGCCGCAUUGGAAUAACUUGAGGAAGCACAACGGUGAACGAUAUGCAUAUUCUAGCCAUUCCCAGGCUGUUCUUGAUUGUCUCAGGAAUAGGCAUGAAUGGGCUCGGUUGGUGGAUCGGGGUCCCAAGCCUCUUGGAAUCCUGAACCAUUACAUGCAAACAUGGGAUGGACAAGUACAAGCAAGAAAAGGCGGAAGAUUGAUGCAGAAGAAUCAGAAGACAAUAAUGAAAGUGGGCAGGGGAGAAGUAAGAAGGACAGGACAGAAGAGCGUGGAGUCACAGAGAGAUCAGGUGUUUCUGAAGGGAAAGCGGAAGGCCAGGAAAAGGAGGCGACUUGCUCUGCAAGGUAGGGGAAUUGAAGAUGUCGGAAAGAGACAAAAGACCGCUUCGUUGAGCGAUGAGGACAGUGACUCUUUCUCUAAUUCAAGCGAGGAGAGCUUGUUCAGCGGCAAGGACGAGAUCGAGGGAAGUGCAGCAGCUGGCCCUUUCAGAAGUGAUGACUCGGACAAUAGCUCCGACGAGAAGAGAACAAUCUAGAUUAUGAAGGGUGGCGGAUGCAAUAUAUCUGAGAAUUGAUGAUCAGCUAGUGUAUAGUAGUAGUAGCAGCAGCAGCAGCAUAACAACGGAAGAAGCCUGUGAUGCUAAAAUGUAUGCAAACGGGCAAUAGGGUGUAAUGUACAUUUGGUGCAGACGCCUUAGUUUUGUGCAAUGUAAUGUAGGGGUUUGGUGGCUCGUAGCAACUUUUUUUGUUUUUCCAUUCUCGCACUAAUUUGUGCCCAAGGGAGCAUAAAGUGGAUAGACAAGUGGAUGACGAGGAUACCUUAUAGAUUUGAACAGACAUCGGAUGACUGAAUCUGAGAAAGGUAAAAGAUAGUGGAAGUGAGGUCUAAGCAAGAAGAUUUUCACUUGCUCUCCUAUAUUGGAAUUGUGGAUUACCUAAAGGAGAUACCAAACGUGGGAAGCCUUUGUUUGUUGCGUUCAGUUAACUACCAAAAGGGGAUAAUACAAAACUAAGUGC